ACACAAUUUCAGAGUAGAAGCUUCACUUCACUCACUCACUCUCUCUUUCUUCUUCUUCAUCGAUUUUUUUUGUCUGUGUUUUUCAACAUGACAAAAAUGUCUUGUCUCUUAGGACUUUCUCUGAGUUUUUUGUUUGUUGCAUUAGUUGCUUCUUCCAAAUUUGAGGAGCUUUUUCAACCUGGUUGGGCUAUGGACCAUUUCGUUCAUGAAGGAGAUUUACUCAAACUCAAACUCGACAAUUAUUCCGGUGCUGGAUUUGGAUCUAAGAGCAAAUAUAUGUUUGGAAAAGUGACUGUUCAGCUUAAGCUUGUGGAAGGUGACUCUGCUGGAACUGUUACAGCUUUCUAUAUGUCAUCAGAAGGACCAACUCAUAAUGAAUUUGAUUUUGAGUUUUUGGGCAACACAACUGGUGAACCUUACUCAGUUCAAACAAAUGUGUAUGUGAAUGGUGUUGGUAAUAGAGAACAAAGACUUAACCUAUGGUUUGAUCCAUCUAAGGAUUUUCACACCUACUCAAUCUUUUGGAACCAACGUCAAGUAGUGUUUCUAGUGGAUGAGACACCAAUUAGAGUACACACAAAUUUGGAACACAAAGGAAUCCCUUUCCCCAAAGACCAAGCAAUGGGUGUUUAUAGUUCAAUAUGGAAUGCUGAUGAUUGGGCCACACAAGGUGGUCGUGUGAAAACAGAUUGGUCUCAUGCACCUUUUGUUGCUACUUAUAAAGAUUUCGAAAUCAAUGCUUGUGAAUGUCCAACACCUGUUACAUCCAUUGAUAAUGCUAAGAAAUGUAGUAGUAGUGAGGAUAAGAAAUUUUGGUGGGAUGAACCUAUGUUGUCUGAACUCACUUUGCAUCAAAGUCAUCAACUUAUUUGGGUUAGGGCUAAUCAUAUGGUUUACGAUUAUUGCGCCGAUACCGCUAGGUUUCCCGUCAUCCCCGCCGAAUGUGUCCGCCACCACCAUUGAAAAAAAUGGAGAGUUCCAUUAGGAUAGAUGUUUUGGUGCAUAAUGCAUGAAAAUUUGAAGUAGUUUCCAAGGGAAGAAUUUGUGAACAUGUUCUUCAUGUUUUGCAUCACAUUGUAAUAUAUUAAUUUGUUUUGCUAUGGUUUUAUGUGAAUUAUUUUAUUCCCUA